AUGGCGGACGACAUGGAGAGGAUCUUCAAGAGGUUCGACACCAACGGCGACGGCAAGAUCUCCCUGUCGGAGCUCACGGACGCGCUGCGGACGCUGGGGUCCACGUCCGCGGACGAGGUGCAGCGCAUGAUGGCCGAGAUCGACACCGACGGCGACGGCUUCAUCGACUUCAGCGAGUUCAUCUCCUUCUGCAACGCCAACCCGGGACUCAUGAAGGACGUCGCCAAGGUCUUCUGA